ACAAUCCAGAAAUCCUAUCCUCAGCGAUGGCGGUUCCGCUCCGCUGCUUCCGCCUGCCUCCGCCGCCGCCGCCUCAAGGAAUCUCCGGCGGUAAUCGCACCUACGAGUAUGUAAUGAUUCUUCCAUCGAGAAAGAAAAAGACAUUGAUGUUUUCGAGUUCACGAAGCAAUGAGCUCAAGUUAUCUAAGGGAAGGCUUUUGGACAUGGUCAAGUUCGACGAGGCUCUAGCCAAUUGGAAGCUAUUGUUCAGUCACAUAUCAGAGCAUCAGAGAACAGCAGAAUUCAGCUUCACAAAGGCAUUUGUUUUUGCAAACACUUUGAUGAUCAUUCAGCCUCUCGAUGCUCUAGCAGAAGUAUGCGAGGCUGAUAACUCUCUCUUCAACAUGCCUUUGCUUCUUGGAGUAGCCCUUGUUGGGGCUACUGUUGGGGGAUUGCUAGCACGGCAAAGGAAAGGAGAACUGAAGCGGUUGAAUGAUCAACUGCGACAAAUCAAUGCAGCAUUAAGAAGACAAGCAAAGAUAGAAGGUUAUGCUCCAAAUUUGAGCUAUGCACCAGUUGGGAGAGUGACAGAAGAAGAAGUCAUUGUCGACCCCAGGAAACAACAGCUACUUACAAAUCUGAGAACUGGGAAGAAUUACUUGAGGAACCAAGAUCCAGAAAAAGCUUUUACAGAGUUUAAGGUAGCAAUUGAGCUUGCACAGGAUCUGGGUGAUCAUGUUGAGGAAAAGAAGGCAGCAAGAGGCUUAGGUUUGGUUUCAUUCUCUUGUAGACUUCUGUUUUGUUUUUAUAUAUAUAGUUUGGUAUAUUUGAAUAGUCAAGUCAUAUCAUGAUUACAUUUUUAACAG